AGAGAGCCGUUCGCACUGGUUGGCCUGGCGUAGACGCCUGUGCUGCUGUGUACGUGGAUGGCAGUGAUACCCUGGCCGUGUUCGUUCAAGUGCAGCAGUUGCACCCGUUCAAUGCCCAGAAACCUUCCGCUGCAGGUGCAGCCGGUACGUCUGUGGUGUUUCGCGUACCGCAGCACUCCUGGGUCUCCGAUGACUCACUUCUCAACUCAUCGGCAGAUCAGACUGCGGAUAUUCUGUCAAUCGGAAACAUCGCUCUGCAUUUGUUGCGGA